CUUCCAACAGUCCGCUGCCCCGCACUGCACUCAGCGGUCAUGGCCGGCACGCUGCCCCAGCACGGCUCCCCGAACUCCGGCUACAGCGCCAACAACGCCGCGGCGGUGCCAGCCGUCACCCAGACGGACUCCCGGGACAAAUGGAGCAAAAAAAUGGACUUUCUCCUGUCUGUCAUCGGAUUUGCCGUGGAUUUGGGGAACGUUUGGAGAUUUCCUUACAUUUGUUAUCAAAACGGUGGUGGUGCUUUCCUCAUCCCCUACAUUUUGAUGGCGAUCUUCGGUGGCGUGCCGCUGUUUUACAUGGAGCUGGCACUGGGGCAGUUCCACAGAACUGGAGCCAUAUCCAUAUGGAAACACAUCUGUCCGAUUUUCAAAGGAAUAGGAUAUGCCAUCUGUGUCAUCGCUCUGUACGUGUCCUUCUACUACAACACCAUCAUCGCCUGGGCCCUCUUCUACUUCUACUCCUCCUUCUCCAGCAUCCUCCCCUGGACAAACUGUGAUAACGUCUGGAACACCCCCGACUGCACCAACUACUUUGGCGUGGAUAACGUGACUUGGACAAAUUCCUCCAGAUCUCCGGCAGAGGAAUUUUACACGAGGAACGUUCUUGAGAUCCACAAGUCCUCAGGGCUGAGAGAUGUCGGGGGUGUUCGCUGGCAGCUGAUGCUUUGCCUCUUUCUUAUCUUCACUAUAGUUUACUUCAGCCUCUGGAAGGGUGUGAGAACUUCAGGGAAGGUUGUGUGGGUCACCGCCACCUUGCCUUACAUUGUGCUUUUUAUCCUGCUGAUUCGAGGUGCAACUCUGCCAGGAGCCUGGAGAGGUGUGGUGUUUUAUCUGAAACCACAGUGGAACAAGCUGCUGGAGACCAGUGUGUGGGUGGAUGCAGCAGCUCAGAUCUUCUUUUCUCUGGGUCCAGGGUUCGGGGUCCUCUUGGCACUUUCCAGCUACAACCCUUUUACAAACAACUGCUAUCGUGAUGCCAUUGUUACCAGUUUGGUGAACUGUCUGACCAGCUUUGUGUCGGGCUUUGUAAUCUUCACUGUGCUGGGCUACAUGGCAGAGAUGAGAAAGGUAGAGGUUGAGGAUGUGGCCAAAGAUAAAGGGCCAAGUCUACUCUUCAUCACAUACCCAGAAGCAAUUGCAAACAUGAUGGGGUCCACAUUUUUUGCAAUCAUUUUUUUUGUGAUGAUGAUCACACUCGGACUCGACAGCACGUUUGGAGGGCUAGAAGCCAUCAUCACGGCUGUGCUGGAUGAGUACCCAGAAUAUUUCUCUCACAGACGUGAGCUCUUCGUUUUGGGCUUGGUGGUCGUCUGUUUUUUGGGCUCUCUGAGCACCCUUACAAAUGGUGGCGCCUAUGUGGUGAAGCUGCUGGAAGAGUUUGGAGUGGGAUGCUCCAUCAUUGCAGUGGGUUUCCUUGAAGCUAUUGCAGUUUCCUGGUUCUAUGGGAUCAAAAGAUUUAGCAAUGAUAUCCAGGCAAUGCUCGGCCAAGCCCCAGGACUCUUCUGGAGAGUGUGCUGGGUCGCCAUAAGUCCUGCGUUUCUGGCGUAUAUCAUAGUGAGCUCUCUACUGAAAACACCUCCCCUCACGCUGUUUGACUACAAGUAUCCAGACUGGAGCAUCACGGUCGGCUACAUCAUCGGCUUAUCAUCCUUCAUGUGGAUCCCCAUCUACAUGGUCUACAAGCUGGUGUGGACCCCUGGUUCUCUCAAACAGAGACUGGCUGUGUGUCUGAGACCGGAGAGGACCAUCCCAGACAUCCAUCCUGACAGCCUGAACAUGGCCGCCGUGUCACAGAAAGACAUGAACACCUCUGUGUGCUUGUGAAGUCCUCUCUAAACCGCAGUUUCAAGUCAUUUGUGAUUGAAUCCCAACGUGACCUGUCAUCAUGACUGUUCUCCUCGUGGGGAUGUUCAACAUGUCAGUUGGCUUCCACAGCUGACUGGAUAAAAAGUUGAAUGCUGCUACAUUUGAGGAUCUGAGAUAGCAAUAGUUAUAUCUUUGCUCCGUUUGUGUGACUCAGAUUUUUAUUUCUAUUAUUAAUGUAGCUGCAUCUCAACUAGAAUGAUUCAGAACAAAAUUAUUGAAGACUUGAUUUAUAUCAGUAAUUUAAUUAAAAAAGUGAAAUUCAAAAAUAGAUGUAUUUCAUAGAGAGUGUGAUAUUUCAAGCAUUUAUUUCUUUUCUUUAUUUUGAGGAUUAUUGCUUACAGGUAAUAUAAACCCAAAUUUCAGUUUCUCAGAAGACUAGAUCUCUACAUAAGAUCGAUUAAAAAAAGGAUUUUACUUCAGUAAUGCAGGAUUACUGAAAAGCACAUCUAAAUACUGAGUAUAUGCUCCUAAUACUUGUACCUUUUGCAUUAAUUAUUGCAUCCAUUCAGCACGGCAUGGAGGAUAGCAGCCUAAUUCACCCAGGUUGCUGUAAUCACAGCCCAUUGAACCCUAAAGCGCUCUAAUAUUUCUUGGUAGAUUUGCAGUUAGCUCUAAAAUGUAGUAGUGUACGACUUUGCUGCCUUUAGACUUCAGAAAGCACAGAGGACCAACCCCAGCAGAAGACAUGGCUCUGAAAAUCAGCACUGACUGUGGAAAACAUCACACUGGAUCUCAGGCAACUUGGAUCCUGUGCCUUUCUACUCCUCCUCUAGAUUCUUGGACCUUGAUUUCAAAGCAUAAUUAAAAAAUAAUUUUUGAGCUACUGUCCAGCCAAGAAAAGACACUCCUGACAUCAUCUCUGAUUCAGGAGUGGUGAGGAGAGUUAACACAAUGAACGUGAUGGUUAAAGUCUAGAUCCUGGAUAGGUCAGUUGUCAAGUCUUCAGUCUUCUCCAUUAUUUUUUGGAUCAUAAAGCAAUAUAUCUGUGUUAGAAAUUGUCUUUUAAUUGGACUUAUAUGACAUUCUAAUUUAAUUAGAAACAGAUUUUUGGAGUUUUAUGAUCUGCAAGCCAUAAUGAUUAAAGUACAGAAAUACAAGAUUGAAAUAUAUCACUCUGUAUGCAACAAACAUGUAAUAUAUUAUUGAAAUGUAUUUACUGUUCAGAUAUAUUCUAAUUCAUUGUGCUGCGCCUACAUCAGACUUUGCCAAGGACAGUAAAACUUUUAUUAUUUAAUUGUAAUAUUAAUUUGUGUAGCUAGGGAGCACUUCCUCCAGUGUUUUCUCUACUUUGUGAAAGUUUAAUGAAGGUACGUCUGCAUCCCAAGCAUUUAAAGGGCAUGCCAGCAGUUUUUUUUUUCAGACUAAUUUAAUCUAAACUAAUCUCUGGGGAACAAAUGCUACAUUUACUUUUGGGUUCAAAGCGGCAGGGCCCAAACAAGGUUGCCAGGUGUUUAAUUAAGGACUUUUAUUUAAUGUUCUGGCUCAGUAGUAUAAUUCUUUAUUAGGAUUUAAAGACUGUUGUUAAAUUUAUUCCCAAAAAACAUGUAAAUACCCCACACAACCCAAAUGAACAAGACAGAAAACGAGAAACUGUCCUAUUAAUUUUUAAUAAUUUGACCUUGAAAUGUUAUGCUGUUGUCUCAUUUAAAAGCAGGAUUUUUAUUUCACCAUAGCAUGAAAGAAGAAGCUUUAUUUAAUGUUAGAGUUGAUCAUUCCUAAAAUCAUAAGAAAGUGUGCUAAUAGUGUCCUUUGACUCCAGUCGGACUGUUUUGCCUUAAGCUGAACAUGUGGGCUAAAAUAGUAAAGGUGGUAAUGAUAUUGUGCCUCUCCAUAAAAAAAAGUUUUUACUCUAAAGACUGUUCAGAUGUGUAUAAACAGAUAUAUUAUGUUUUAGUCACAACUGUUAUUUUAAAAGCUUUACCCAGAGACUUAUGUGAUGAUUGUUGCGUCCUCCCCGACAUGGUUUCUGCAAAAUGUGUAAA